AUGGUUUGUGAGGUCGGAUCGGCGGUCAUGGACAUGAGCGGUGAGGGCGGAGGCGCGGGGUCUGGAGGCGCGCUCCAGCAGCGCUGGUACGACAGCCGCGUGAACGGCAGCCCGGCCGCCGGCGACGUCGGCUCCGAGACGAACGGGGACGGUUUCUUCCACUCGCCACUGGAGGGAGGCCACCACAGCCGCGCCCGCUACUACCAUCAGCAGAUGCACGCCCCUUACUCGGCGGCGGUCGGCUCGCAUGGUCGAACGCUAAGUGGCGGUAGCGGACAGGUGUGCAGGCCGCACUUCCACACGCCGCUGCAUCCCUGGCUCGACUCGAAAGCGCUGGGCAGCGGCGCCUGGGGCGGCGGCUUCCAGCAGGACGCCGCGCCCGCAGACAAACCUCUCUCUCCAGCGCAACAUCCCCAUCCUCAUCCCCUAUUUUCCUUUCCUCCAACGCCGCCGAAGGACUCGACUCCCGACUCGGUCGCCGCAGCGGCGCUGGGUCAGCAAGACUACCAGGCGGCCGUCGCGCACGCCACGGCGAUGAGCGUCGCAUUCAUGCAACAACAACAAGAACUGCCACUCUGCGGCGACGUUAAGCCCAUGAUGGGCGCGCCGCCCUCCAAGCAACGAGAAGGUGCGCAGCCGGACUCGUGUCCCCAGGAGAGUCAGCCCUCUGGGGAAUACAACGCGCAGUACAACGCCGCCGCCGGCGACUACUACAACUACCAGGGGAAGGGUUAUAGCGGGCAGCAGCAGAAUAAACCGCGACCGAACAAGACGCGAACUAGCGCCGAGGGUCGAGAGUGCGUCAACUGCGGGGCCACGAGUACGCCGCUCUGGCGGCGCGACGGCACCGGCCACUAUCUCUGCAACGCGUGCGGACUCUACUACAAGAUGAACGGACAGAACAGACCGCUCAUCAAGCCUAAGCGAAGACUGGUGAGUUCGUUACAAAGUGCUGCGAGACGAGCUGGCACGUCGUGCGCGAAUUGCAAGACGACAACCACAACGCUCUGGCGACGCAACCAGAAUGGAGAACCUGUCUGCAACGCGUGUGGCCUCUACUAUAAAUUACAUAAUGUUAAUCGGCCAUUAACAAUGAAGAAAGAAGGUAUACAGACAAGAAAUCGCAAGUUAAGCAGUAAGAGCAAGAAAAAGAAGGGUGGUAUGGGGAUGGGCGGUGGAGGAGCAUGCGCCCUCGCUCUGGGCGGUGUCAUGGGAGACAUGAUCAAGCCUCUCGGAGACGCCACUAAGGGCUUCGGUGGUUCUGCCUUCCCAUCAGCUAUGGAUUUCGGUCAGCACCAAGUAGGCUUAGUGCACCCAGCGGCGGCACACAUGUCACACUGGUACGGAGCCCCGCAUCAGGGUUUCGCCCCGCCGCCUGCCUCUCAUAACCCUUACCACCAUCACCACCUCGCGCAACUAAACUCUAUGACGGGAUGGCGAAGCGAAUACACGUGA